AUGGCGGCGGCGGGCGCGGGCGGGCGAGCGGCGGGACUGGCGGCGGGGCUGGCGGGGCUGGUGGCGCGGCCGCUCGGCGCGGCGGAGCCGCUGUCGCUGGGCUCGCUGCGGGGGAAGGUGCUGCUGGUGGUGAACGUGGCGUCGCUCUGAGGCACCACCACCCGCGACUUCCUGCAGCUCAACGAGCUGCAGCAGCGCUACGGGCCCCGCGGGCUCCAGGUGCUCGGCUUCCCCUGCAACCAGUUCGGCCACCAGGAAAAUGGCACCAACGAUGAGAUCCUGCCCAUGCUGGAGCACGUUCGUCCUGGCAACGGGUUCAAGCCCAAUUUCAUCAUGUUCGAGAAGUGCGAGGUGAACGGGAAGGACGCGCACCCGCUCUUCACGUUCCUGAAAGAGGCGCUGCCCUUCCCGCACGACGACCCCUCCUCGCUGAUGACCAACCCGCAGUACAUCAUCUGGUCCCCGGUCUGCCGCAACGACAUCGCCUGGAACUUCGAGAAGUUCCUCAUCGGCUCCGACGGGGUGCCCUUCAAACGCUACAGCCGGCGUUUCGAAACCAUCAAGAUCCAGGAUGACAUCGAGUUGCUUCUGCAGAAGGCUCCCUAGAAAGUUCUCUGCCCAUUCCCCUCCCUCCCUGCUUCCCUCACUGUGCACCUGCUUAUUUUUCUCGCAGGGAGCUGCUGCUCUGGCAGAAAUCCCAAUGUCUCGUGCAGGUUUUGCUUAUGAUGGUGCAUCUUCCAAAUCCUUGAAGUGUACUUGAUGUUUUCAAAAGUUGCACGGGAAUGUUUGGGAAGCUAAGCCAGGGCAAGCAGCUGUGAAUCUCAGUACCUUACUGUGAUUCUCUGAAUAAAAAAAUGUGUACUUUCUUUAA